AUGGACGAGUUGGAUGGCGAUUAUGUCAGCAAACUCCUCUCAUUGCCUCAAGCAGCAACAAGUGCCGUCGAUGCUGACGGUAUCUGCCAACGACACUCGCACGCAUUCAACCCCUUGCCGAACCAUUCUCAGCAUCUUGGCGUCGAAAAUCAAACUCUCCGCAUCCACCGCCGGCCGCACCGCAUCCUCAUCGUCAUCCUCGUUCUCAUGCGCCGAGCUGGCCGCGCUCGGCCGUCGUCAGUCGUCAAGGUGGCCGACUCAAGUCCGCUGCGGUUAUCCGCACGAAUACUUCACAGCCAUUGUCGAUGGACCCUAGAUAGCCUGACCACCGGCCGGGUGGCCCGACAGCGGCGGCGCUACGGCACGGUCGCGACCAGCUCCGGCCGAGCAGAGUUGCGCGAGCCGAUGCUCGCCGACGAUGCGACAAACACCCGGCGGCCCUGGGCAGGAGCACGACCUUCCGACCAUGCCCCUGUCAAGUCGCGCUCGGCUCCUCGGUUCUACGUACCGUCGGUCCUGCUGCCGCCCGAAGCCGCCAAGUCGCCGACGGUGCACAAGAUUCACAUUCUCGGCGAGGACGAACGAUCCAAGUUCAUCGCCCACGCCUUGUCGGGCGUCUACGACUCGGUCGAGAUGCUCGGCUGGCGGGACAAUGUGUCGAAUAAAUAUCGCAAUGUCCAACGGCCAAGGUCCGGCGGCGGCGGCGGCGGCCGGCGUGCCACCUGCAAGCUGGAGCCGAACCUGGCCCUCCCUCGGGUCUUCGCCAAGGAAGCCGACGACUCUCCCAUCGAGCGUCUGGUCGUGACGGGAAGGGGACAGGAAGCCGCGGCGGCCAUUCGGUCGGUCAAGAAUCGAUUGAGCGAAGACACGACGAUAUGUCUCAUGAACGACGGCCUCGGCGUCCUCGAGGAUGUGAGGAGAAAGAUUUUCGACGGGUCCGCCGAGGCGAGUCCAAACUUUCUCCUAGGCCACAUGAGCCAUCGUCUUGUUUUCAACCGCACCUACGAUUCCGUCAAGCAGCUCAGAGGCGGGGAGACGAAGCUCGCGCACGGCGAGCUCGCGGCGAGCGCAAGAAAGCGUCAGGCACCGCGCAAGAUCGAGAGGCGGUCCAACUUUGUCCGAACAAUGCAGGAAGCCGCCGACCUCCAUUCAUCCUUGACCUCGUACGACCAGUGGCUACGAUUCAAGCUGCCGUCCGUCAUCUUCGACUCCGUCGUCGAACCCGUCUGCGUCUUGCUCGAAAUCCCCUACGAGGGGCUGCUGCAGAACCGCCCGGCGCAGCGGAUGAUGCACAAUCUCCUGGCCGAGAUCAUCACCGUCGUGGAAAACAUGCCCGAGAUUGAAGGAUCCUCCAUCAUGCAGGACUACCUCCGCGGCAAGGGCAUCCACAAGCUCAUGCACGGCAGAAUAGUGGCCAAGCGCUCGCAGCCGAGCCAGCUGGUCAGGCGCAUCGACCAUGGUCUCCCGACAGAUGUCGAGUAUCUCAACGGCUACUUCUUGCGUCGGGGUCGGAAGUUGGGACUCGAUCUUCGCAUGAACGUGUUGAUGGCGGAUAUGAUCAAGGCGAAGCACUCGCAGGCCAUCGAGAGGCUCAACUCGUACGUCCCGAUCGAGGAGACGUCCAUACCGAGCGACGCCUCCUUUCGGUACCGGACUUUGCCGCACGCGUACGACACGUAA